AUGGCCAUGGUGGGAAGGAACGUAGCAGCACCUCUUUUGUUUCUUAACUUGGUCAUGUAUUUUAUUGUUCUAGGCUUUGCUAGUUGGUGCCUCAACAGGUUUAUCAAUGGCCAAACCUAUCACCCAAGUUUUGGAGGAAAUGGUGCAACCAUGUUUUUCUUGAUCUUUGCCAUACUAGCAGCUGUACUAGGCAUUGUGUCGAAAUUUCUUGGUGGCAAUCACAUGAGGACGUGGAGGAGUGACAGUUUAGCAUCUGCAGGAGCCACAUCAAUCAUUGCUUGGGCUGUUACUGCUCUAGCCUUUGGGUUGGCUUGUAAGCAGAUAAACAUAGGAGGGCACAGAGGGUGGAGAUUGAAGGUAGUGGAGGCCUUCAUAAUCAUACUUACCUUCACACAGUUGUUGUACCUGUUGCUGAUCCAUGCAGGGCUAUACAGUAGCAGAUAUGGUCCCGGGUACCGUGACACUGACUAUGGUGUGGGAGGGACUACGGGAGAUCCUAUGCACAAGGGUGCAGGUGUUCCUGUUAGUGGCACUCGUGUCUAA